AUGGAAGACCCUCAAACGGUCGAGGACAUUGCCCUCGAGACCCCGGUCUCGGAUGUCUUUAUUCCCCCGUCCAUCAACGAUAAGGCGCUCCUCUCAGGCGACUCCUACACAUACUUCUCUCCAGUUCCUCCAACACUUCUCCCGCCUUCUUCAUCACCAACAAAGACCACCUCGGAAACACCAGCAUCUGGGACCCCGGUCUGCCUUGGCGUUGAUGAAGCCGGCCGCGGCCCCGUCCUGGGGCCCAUGGUCUACGGCGUCUUCUACCUCCCCAUCCCCCUCUCCGACCCUUUGCUCCGCGAGACCCACCACUUUGACGACUCAAAGGUGCUCACGCCGGCCGUUCGAUCUCAACUCAUGGCCGCCCUCUGCACCGCCGGCUCAGAUCUGGCCGAGUCCUGCGGCUUCGCCGUCUCAGCACUCAGCGCCCGCGACAUCUCGUCGGGCAUGAUGCGCCCCGGCGCCAACUACAACCUCAACGCCCAGGCCAUGGACGCCACUGUCGAGCUGAUCAAGGGCGUCUUUGCCCAGGGCGUCAACGUUCAGGAGAUCUACGUCGAUACCGUUGGCCAGCCGGCUGCCUACCAGGCUAAGCUCCAACGCUUCUUCCCCGCCACCAAGAUCACCGUCGCCAAGAAGGCAGACAGUCUAUACCCCUGUGUGUCAGCCGCCUCCGUUUGUGCCAAGGUCACUCGCGAUGCUGCGCUGGAAGUGCUAUACAAGGCACGAGCCCCUGAGUCGGCAGAGGAGGAGGGCAUGGCUUGGGGCUCGGGGUAUCCGUCAGACGGAAGGUGUGUAUCGUGGAUGAAGUCCAACAUGCAUCCCGUCUUUGGAUGGGGUCCCGAGUGUCGGUUCAGUUGGGGCACAGCCAAGGACAUGCUCGAGGGCAAGGGGUGUCUCAAGGUAGACUGGCCAGUCGAGGAUGACGCUGAUACGGCACGCAUGACGGACUUCUUCGUGUCGGGGGAUAACGACAAAGAUGGUGAUGAGUUGGGGACAUGGUUUGGAAGACCGGCCGGCCUAGAGGCGUUCUAG